GUCCGCUCCUGCGUUGUCCCGGAAGCGGCGUCAUUCAGCCCCAGUGUUUAAGCUCAGUGGAAACUGAUUUCUCCGAGUGGUUGUGACUGAAAAAAGAAUAGUUUGAGCAUCUCAGCAACAUUAUCCACAUUGAAUACCAAGUCUUCAAAAGCUAGGGCCAAACACGGGACUGGCUGACAUCAAUGCAGUAUCACAAACGCUGAACAAAUUUAGUCUGAUAGAUUUGAAUGGACAAGACAGACAGAAAAACACAGGUCCAGCCGAGCUAGUGAAGCCCCGAGAAGAUUCAGUGAUGGUGCCUGUUAAGAAGAGAAAGUUCCCCGGUACAGAUGACCAAGAGCUCAGGAAGCGUAAAAUUACAAAUUUCACACGACCUCAGAUCCGUGGAUCCAGGCUGAUCAGCGGAGAGAAGCCGUUCUCCAAUAAGAAGUGCCUGGCCUGGUUCCACGAGUACGCUGGCCCAGACGAUGUAGUCGGUCCAGAGGGUAUGGAGAAGUUCUGUGAGGACAUUGGCGUGGAACCAGAGAACAUUAUCAUGUUAGUUUUAGCGUGGCUGCUAGAAGCAGCGAGUAUGGGUUUCUUCACAAAAGAGGAGUGGCUCAGGGGAAUGACCUUACUACAGUGCGACUGCACAGAGAGGUUACGGAGCAAAAUGGACUACCUGCGCUGUGAACUCAACGACUCCGCAGUCUUCAAGAACAUCUACAGAUAUGCCUUUGACUUCGCCAGGGAUAAAAGCCAGAGGAGUUUGGACAUGGACACGGCCAAGUCCAUGCUGGCCUUGCUGCUGGAGAGGAGUUGGCCUCUCUUCCCGGUCUUCCAGCAGUUUCUGGAGCAAUCCAAGUACAAGGGCAUGAACAAAGACCAGUGGUACAAUGUGUUGGAGUUCAGCAGGACCAUCAAGGAGGACCUCAGCAACUACGAUGAAGACGGAGCUUGGCCAGUGCUGCUAGACGAGUUUGUGGAAUGGCAGAAGGCUCGGUCGGUGUCGUAGCGGACGGCGUCUCAGUGCCACGCCACCAAGAGGGAGAAAGAGGGAGAGGAGAUCGAGACGAAAAAAAAAAAACACACUCUCCACUGUCGUUUUUUUAAAUUUGAAAAAAAGCAAAACAAUGGUUACACUUCUCAUCCACGCUACUGGACUGCAAACAUGUGCGCACACACACACACACACACACACACACACACACACACCUCUGGAGUACAUAACCAUUCCCAUGGACUACAACACACACACUCCUCAGCAGAACCGGCCUGUUUGCAUCCUCAGCCGGUCGUUGGAGCCCUUUUUCUCUCACCAAAGAGACUUUUUACAGUUUUAAUUUGGGGGGAGU